UCCAUCAAAAUUCAAUUAAAGGGAGAGAUUAAGAUCAGUUCAGGUCAACAUCACAGUUGGAAUGAAUUAAUGUCCUCCUGCCACGUCGCCAUCGUAACUUUUGGAUCUACUGUCCUAAGUAUUACUCCUCCACAUCGUUGCGUCACGUGCUCUCCACGAACAAGAUCGAACGACUGCAGUUUUGUAACAGAUGUCGGUGGGGUCAGACAGUUUUCCUGCGCCAUUGCACGCCUCGGAGUUGGAGGAUGGCAGCCAAUAAAGGAUCUGAAUGACUCGCACGUGAAGGGGAUUGCUGAGUUUGCGGUGGCAGAGAUCAACAAGCAAUCUGAAACGAAUCUGAAGCUGGAGAGCAUUGUCAAGGGAGAACAACAGGUCGUUUAAGGAGUCAAUUACCGACUGAUUUUGGCCGUGAAAGAUGGAGUGCAGAGUAAGAGUUACGAGGUUACCGUAUGGGAAAAGUCUUGGGAGAAUUUCAGGAAACUCAUCUCAUUUAAACCUGCUAUAACUAUUUAGAA